UCAGUGAGACUCGCGUUGCAAUCGCGUCAACAUUACCCGCACAUUUUACCUCAAGUACAACAGUUCUAAAUCCCUUUCCCUAAAUUUUUCAUUUUUUUUUUUAUUUUACUUCAAAACUAGGUCAUAUUCACAAUUUUUUGCACAACUUGCUUUUAACUCUUCUAUACAAAACAGCCGGUCGUGCAAUAGUGCUUUACCUUGCUUCAUUUUCAAGUGAAUUUUACUUUUUUUUUUUUAAAUAUUUUCUUUUAUUUUUCAAUUUUUUUUUUUUUAUUUUUCUCUUUUCGUUUUUAUUUGUCUUUGAUUUUUAACGCAUUUAUACAGUUAAAUUUUUUUUUAUCAUUUUUAUUUAUUUUUUUAUUGUGAUUGAAAGAGUGUGUCUGAUUACUGAGACACUUGGAUAUACUUUUUGGAUAUUGUCAAUUGAUAUUUAUGGAAAAAAAAGCAAAUAAUAAAAUAUCAGGAGGCAAGUGGUGUCGUCAGCCAGGUGACCAUUAUCUGACAUUAUCGGAUUACUAUUUACCUUUAUUUGGAAUUAUUAAUAAUUUCAACAUUGGUGUGUGUUAACACACAUAACGCAGCAGGAGUACAAUCUUCAUAGGGUACAUCACACAUAUGCACACACCACGCAAAAUGAAGGAAAUGUUUUGGCUCACCUGUAUCUACAUAAUAACUGCCACAAGUGUACUGAGCUGUCGUCAAAGUGAAUUCGAAUGUAGUAAUUCACGUUGCAUAACACUGAACAAAGUAUGCAAUGCUAUAGAUGAUUGUGGUGACGGCAGUGACGAACAACGAGCUUGCACCCCUUGCAACAAGACAUAUUAUGGAGAAGUUGGAAAAACUUAUUACUUUGAAUUACAUCGACCAAAAAUUGAUAAAGUACCAUAUUUUUGUAAGCUCACAUUCAAUGCUCCUGGAGGUGAUUUUGGAGAUAUUGUUCAACUAACCUUUGAUAGUUUUACCUUAGGGAAAUUCGUCUCUUUUACUGCUAAGGGAUGCCCAGACGGAUCGUUACAGAUAUCUGAGGCGCAACGUCCUGACGUUGGUGGCCUUUGGUGUGGUACAUCAUGGGGACCAGCAAUUUACUACAGUGAAACGCCCCUUGUUACAAUAUCACUCAAGUUACUACAUCUCAGUCAAGAUCAGACUGGAUUUAACUUUGAUUUUCGUAUGGGAUACAAAAUGAUAAGAAAAUCAGAUGCUGUUGUGAGAUAUGGAAAUCCAUUUGUUGAAUAUUCAGGAAUGACUAAAGUCACAGAAUCACCAACAACUAUUGAAGCAAUAUCAGUUGAAUAUUCAAAUACGACAAUACCAUCUGAAAUAGUAGAUAUACCAAAAGUUACAAAAGCCACACCCGAACAACAAUACCUUGGAGAUCUAAUUUCAGGAACUUAUUGUUCAAGAAUAUUCAGUGAUUGUGAUAAAAAAAAAUGUCGUUUACAAUCACCAAAUUUUCCUGGUCUUUAUCCACGUAAUCUAACUUGCUAUUAUGCUGUAAGACAACAUGAAGUACCAGCUGGUAAACAUGCUUUAAUAACAGUGAGACAAUUGAGAGGACAACUUAUUGCUGUUAGAGCAAGACCAGCAACACAAGCUGAGCCUCCACCACGUGAGCUACGUUUAUGGCAAGACUGUGAUGUCAUUCAGGAUUAUGUAACUGUUUAUGAUGGAUACACAACAAGAGAUCCAGUUAUACUUAAAUUUUGUGGUGGUGGUGAACCAGUACCAGAAGCAACAAGCAGUGGAGCUGAAAUUCUUGUUGAAUUUACAACAUCUCCUUAUGGAACUUUUUUACAUCCAACACCACUUCAUUCACUUCAUGGUUUUCAACUUGAAGUUCAAGUUAAAUUUGUUGAUGCUGAAUCACCAACAUAUGCUAAAAAUAAACGUUGUGAAUUUUGGUUGAAAGGUGAUAGUGGUGGUGUAUUGUCAUCACCAAAACAUACGCUACCAAGAAAUACAACUUGUCUUUAUCAUUUACGUGGUGCUGGACCAACAAUGCCAACUCCAACACCACCUCGUCCAUUACCAAAAUUUCCUGAAACACGUCCGGGUACUGUAUGGCGUAAACCAGCACCAAAACCAUCAAUUCCACAGUUUCGUGUUUGGCUGUCGAUACUUAAAUUUCAUAUUGGAAAUAAUCCAACAACUAAUGAUGAUGAUUGCAGCACGACGUUACUUGUUUGGGACGGUGAAAUGGCACCACUUGCUGAGUGCAAUGAUAUAUCAUGCGGUAAAGAAAGACAAAAAUACAUGGAAAGAACUGGAGACUCAAUAACAACAAUUGGUGCAAGACCAGCAAGCAAUACAACAUUACUUGCUCGAUACUGCAAAGAUAAAGUACCAAAAACUUGUGAUCAUGCAAUUUUACAAAAUACAAGUAGACCCUGUUUUCUUGGUGAGGGUUUUUUAUCGUCCGGAAAUAGUAUGACAAUUGAAAUACGAAUGGUCGAGUCAACAGCCCUCAGGCAAAUUAACUUUCGGGCACUUUAUGAAUUUGUGGAUCUUUAUCAAGACGGUGAUGCUUAUGGUAAUGGUCCAUGUUCACGAGUUUUCUAUAGUCGAAAUCGCGAUCAAUAUCCUGAUCGUAAAUUUCAAGCGACGAGAAAUAUUUUUCUCUAUGGACGUGGUGGAGCAAAAAACUUGAGUUGUAUUUAUCGGUUUGAGGGUGAACAAGACGAGGUAGUAAAGUUACGAUUCAACCGACUUUUGAAUGGCAAUCGCUCUUGUCGUAGUAUUUCAAAUAACAACUACAACCGUCUCAUGUGCAAUGGAUCAACCGAUUUUUCCUUGAAGGUACUGGAACUUCCAUGGUCCAAUGCAUCACCAAUUCAACGAGAUUGUUUUUGUUCAAAUAAAAGUUUACCAAUGACAGUAAAAUCGCAAUCAAAUAUUGUUGAAGUACAUUUUACUGUUAAAUCAAUGAAUUCACUUGAUGAUUAUAAUAAUAUAUUUUUUGAGGGUACUUGGGAUUUUGUAAAAGCUGUACCUUGUUUACAAAGAAGAAGAGUACGUGGACCAUCUGGUGAAAUUAAAUUUGAAUCACCAAUUGUCGAUGAAGAAGAGAAAAAUUGUAAAAGUCAUCCAUGGUUAAUUGAUCCAGGAACAGGACAAUAUUUAUAUGUCAAAACGCAUGGUACAAUUAUGAACAACAAUACAAAAUGUUUAACAAGCAAUAGAAUUGUUUUACAUACUGGUGGUAUAAUUAAUGUGUCAGUUUGUCCAAAACCAGUUGUAGAUUCACGACAUCAAAUUGUUGAAGUAUUUAGCGAAGGAUGGUCUGCAAGUCAUAGAUCAAUGAUCGUUGCACCAGGAUAUGAUCCAGAAAGAACAAUUGCUGUUGAAUUUAUUAUUAAUGAACCUGAUGUUUAUACAGUUACAUGGCUUGAAAUGACAAAAAGAAUACCAGUAAAAAAAGCACCAGAAGGUUUAUUAAUGCCACGUGAUUGUGAUCAACGUUGUCCAGAAUUAAAUGCUUGUAUAAAUGCAUCAUUAUGGUGUGAUGGUAUAUCACACUGUCCAUCUGGUUAUGAUGAAGCAUUAACUCAUUGUUCAAUGUUAUUAAAAUUACCACCACUACAACUUGCUGUUGGUUCACUACUAAUAUUAUCAAUAAUUGGUACAAUAUUUUGUGUAUCAUGGCGUAUGUUUAAACAAAAAACAAAUCGUUCAAUAUCACAACAUAGAUUAAAAAGUAUUUCAUCUGAAACAGCAAUACUCGAUGGUAAAGAAGUCAUUUGCUGACAAAACGAUAGUUCUGUACGUUAUGUUGAAGUUGAUCGUGUUACAACAGUGUGACGAUCAUUUAAUAAUUUAUUGAUUAAACUAGAUAUCAAUUAUAAAAAAUUAUUUGUCAUAAUCUUGUAACUCAGUGAAUAUUAUAUAUUAUCAAUUAAUCACUGCCAAAAAAUUAUUAUUUUUAUUUUUCAUUCAUCAAAAUAAUAUCAUCUUUUUUUAUUUUUAUUAUUCACUGAGUACAGAAUUUAUUCUUCCUACGAUCUUGACAAGACUUUAACAACAUCUUCAACACGUAACGCGCAGAACUAUUUUGAUUGAUCGGCGAGCAACUCUCAUGCUCCUCUUUGCAAUCAUCAAAUGUAUGAAUUUUUAUUUAAAACAAUAAUAAAUACAUACACGAGUGAUAUUUAUUAUAAUUUUAUGAAAUUUUUUUAAUCAUUUAUUAUAUAUAAUAUAUUCUUGAGUGUCUGUAAAUUUAUGCUCAAUAAUUAUUUAUCAUUUUUCUCUGUUUUUAUAUACAAAAAUUAUACCUGUAUUUUUAUUAAUCUGCUCGAUAAUUCAAUGCAAAAGUAUUGAAAUUAAAUUACCAAAAAAAAUAAUAUAUCAUUUGUUAUAUAUAUUGAAAAAAAAAUUACUUUUGAAAAAGACAAUAAACUUUUAACGACAAAAAUAAAUAUAGAUCAUUGAUCGAGCAAUUAAAUGGUUAAAAAUAUAUAAAUUCAAACAUUGUAAAUCAUGGUUUUUUUUUAAACUUAAAUAAUUUUUUUGUUUUUUAAAUUAAAGAGUGAAAGAAUUACGAUAGAUUUUAAGUAUUGAUAUAAAUUUAUUGCAUGUAGAUACUGACCAAGGGAAAAAAAAAAAAAAAA